UCUUAAAUACAAGACAACUGACAUAAGGAGCAUCUGUGUGCAAUAAGAGGCUGUAGGAAUCGUUGCGUAGCCAGGGCAGGUGCACCUGUCUUCUGUACGUGGCCGGACCGCUAUAAGACGCAUCUUGCGGGUAUACAGUUUUUUAUUUAUUUAUUUUCCCAAUCGAGGUCGGGUUCAACAAAGGAACUUGGGUGGCAUAAUAAAUAGCCGAUUAUUUGGUGGAUUUGAGGCCUGCAUUUGAGCCUGAGUCUUCCUCACCUGCCAGCCAUGGACUAGACAGGAGGAGUGUGUGACCUCAGACAUAACCAUGGUGGUGAGGUGGCUGCUCAACUCCCAUUGAGAACACAGAAAAUGAGAGUGUGAAGCUGCAGGGCAGGCAGCGCAGCCACAUGAUCCCAUGACUCUGGACAUGGAUGCGGUCCUGUCAGACUUUGUUCGGUCCACAGGGGCAGAACCGGGUCUGGCACGAGACCUGCUAGAAGGUAAAAACUGGGACCUGAGCGCCGCUCUCAAUGAUUAUGAGCAGCUCCGGCAGGUCCACACGGCCAACCUGCCCCACGUCUUCAAUGAGGGCCGUUACUACAAGCAGCCGGAGCGUAGCAGCACCCCGCAGCACAUCAGCAAGACUGAGCAAUGCCCCCAGAAACAAGAGGACAACACUCAGGAGAAGCGUCUAUCUCGAGGCAUUUCCCAUGCCAGCUCUGCCAUCAUGUCUUUGGCCCGGCUGCAGGUGUCAGGGGAUUGUGCCAGGGAACAGUUCCCCCUGGAGAUGCCCAUCUACACAUUCCAGCUGCCCGACCUGAGCGUGUACAGCGAGGACUUCCGCAGCUUCAUCGAGCGUGACCUCAUAGAGCAAUCCACUAUGGUGGCCCUGGAGCAGGCCGGUCGUUUGAACUGGUGGUCCACCAUGUGCACCAGCUGUAAGAAGCUACUGCCAUUAGCCACAACAGGAGACGGCAACUGCCUUCUGCAUGCAGCUUCUUUAGGAAUGUGGGGCUUCCAUGAUCGGGAUCUGGUGCUGCGGAAGAGUCUGUAUGCCAUGAUGAAGAGCGGAGCAGAGAGAGAAGCUCUGAAGAGGAGGUGGAGGUGGCAACAGACUCAACAGAACAAAGAGUCGGGGCUGGUGUACACAGAGGAGGAAUGGGAGAGAGAGUGGAACGAAUUGCUGAAGCUGGCCUCCAGUGAGCCACGCACACACUUUAGCAAGAACGGCAACUCCAGUGGAGGUGUGGACAACUCAGAAGAUCCGGUUUAUGAGAGUUUGGAGGAGUUCCAUGUGUUUGUAUUGGCCCAUGUUCUGAGAAGACCUAUCGUAGUGAUAGCUGACACCAUGCUCAGAGACUCCGGAGGGGAAGCUUUUGCACCCAUUCCCUUUGGAGGGCUGUACCUGCCACUGGAGGUUCCUCCCAACCGCUGUCACUGUUCCCCGCUGGUGCUGGCCUACGACCAGGCCCACUUCUCUGCCCUGGUGUCCAUGGAACAGAGAGACCAGCAGAGAGAGCAAGCCGUCAUCCCACUGACUGACUCUGAGCACAAGCUGCUAGCGCUGCACUUUGCGGUGGACCCUGGGAGGGACUGGGAUUGGGGGAGGGAUGACAAUGACAAUGCUAAGCUGGCAAAUCUUAUUCUAUCACUGGAAGCUAAACUAAACCUUCUGCACAACUACAUGAAUGUAACAUGGAUUCGAAUUCCUUCUGAAACAAGGGCUCCCUUGGCUCAGCCCGAGUCUCCAACUGCCUCUGCAGGUGAAGAUGUACAGUCUCUGGCAGAAUCCAUGGACUCGGACAGGGAGUCUGUUUGCAGUAACUCCAACCUCAAUAAUGGAAAGUCGAUUAAGGAGAAGGACAAGGACAAGCAGCGAAAGGACAAAGACAAAACACGGGCGGACUCAGUGGCCAACAAACUGGGCAGCUUCAGCAAGACUCUGGGUAUCAAACUUAAGAAGAAUAUGGGUGGACUUGGAGGACUUGUCCAUGGCAAGAUCAGCAAGUCCACAUCAACAAAUGGUCGAACAGUAGAGAACGGAGAGCAGAAAUCUAAGAAAAAGGACUCAAAAACACGAAAAGGGAGCAAAGAGGAGUCAGGCCAGUCGGCCAGCACAUCCUCCUCAGAGAAGACAACCAGUCCCUCGCCUACAGACCGUGCUUCUGGUAGCUCACCUGUUGAGAGACCACCAGGAUCUGGCAAAAUCUCGGGUGAUCGGUCACUGGACAACUGGAAGUACAGCACAGAUGUCAAACUCAGCCUGAACAUCCUUCGAGCAGCCAUGCAGGGUGAGCGCAAAUUUAUCUUUGCUGGGUUGCUGCUCACCAGCCAUCGACACCAAUUUCAUGAAGAGAUGAUUAGCUUCUACCUGAGUAGCGCCCAAGAACGCUUCAGUGCUGAGCAGGAACAGAAGAGAAAGGCUGAGGCUGAGAAGAAGCCUCAGACCAAUGGGGUGGCACUAAAGAAGCCUGAGCAGGAGAGUGUUUUCCAAAGGGAGCGUUCAGAUAGCUCUCCACCUGAGAGUUGCUCACCUGUGUUGCACCCUAGCCAUAAUCUUUCCCAGGCUGUGAAGGUCCAAGAAAGGGGAAGUCCAAAGCUUGCUGCUUCUCCCAUCCCGAUACCCAUCCCAGCCUCCAUCCCAGGAUCCUCCAUGUCCCCUGUCCCUUUCUCCUCCCCUAGUAACGGUGCUAAGAGACCCGGACCAGUCCCUGUUUCUGCUCACUAUAGCCAUACACCACCUAUCCAAAGGCACAGUGUGAUCCACCUGAGGGAUGUCAAUGUGCAGUCAUCCAGCUACCAAGAUGAGUCCUACAAGCCAAUGGUGGGCACUCUCAAAACUUGUGCCACCUACCCCCAGCAAAACCGCUCACUGUCCUCUCAGAGCUAUAGCCCAGCCCGCAUGUCUGGCAUCCGUACCGUCAAUGCCGUAGACACCCUACCGUACAACAUGCCUGGGGAACAUAAGUCCCACACUUAUACCAACGGCUUCAACACUGGCGACAUCCGGGACUGUCUGGAGUUUGCAGAUGAAGACCCGAUGCCCCAUGCCUGGCUGGGGCAGGACAAAACCAAAGGGCAGAGUGGUGUUUGCCCAAUGUACUGUUUUCAGCAGAAACACUGCAGGAGGGAGAACUGCACCUUCUAUGGCCGACCCGAGACAGAGAACUUUUGCUCCUACUGUUAUAGAGAGGAGCUGAAACGCAGGGAACGAGAGGUGAAAGUGCACCGACCUGGAUAGCCCUGCAAACAUGCACACAUAUAUAGCCACCCCCAAUGUGUGUGAAAAGAACAGCAACACCACCACCUUUUUGCACUUUUCAAGUGAUACAAAGAACUGGCAUAACAUUUUCCUACUAUAUUUAAGAUCAGCCUCCUUGUAUUCUUGUUACUUUACUCUCAAUAGCGAACAAACACAGCUUUACAAUAACAGGAAGUGCAACCAGAAUCAGUUUACAGCUUUGGCCAGAGAUUGUGUUUUUGUUUGUCCUAUGUCCGAUUGAAUUCAGUCUUUUACUUGUUCUAGAGUAAAAGCUCUCGUCUGUGCAUUUUGCUCAGUCUGUGUUGUAAAACUCCUUGUACAUGCAGAAAGAGAUGUAAAAGCAUAUGUCAGUCUCUAAUGGAGUUUCCCAAAUCAUUGAAAGGAAAACUCAGUUUAGAGGUCAUUAUAAUGCAAUACUUCACAGCAUAGCUCUUUGGAAUCUUAAUAUCGAAUAACAUUGAUUUUGCUGUGCAUUGCAAAUAAUUACAAGGGAGGGAGGUCCACUGUUCAGCACUCUGAUUUUUUUGAAAGCAAUAAGUUUGUUAACAACCGCCACCCCUCCCCCCUUUUAUCUAUGCAUUCAUGACGUCAGCCAUAUUCUACUUUUCACCAUAUGAUUCUAAGGGAUAUCAAUAUGAUUGUAAAGGGUCUGCUGUACAAGGAUUAUUAUGGUGGAAAAUAUUCAAUAUGUGGCAUAUCAAAGUGUGCUCUCCGAUUGAUCUUGUGAUUUUCCAUCAUGCACUAUAUUGUAAUAUAAAGCCUUUUCAUAGGAGGGUUUGCAUUCCAUCAUGAUAUAAAAUGAAACCUCACUAUUGUGUGCUACUUGACAUUCGAUACAGUAAGAAUUUGACUUCCACUCAUUGCUGUCUGUAUUUGCAAUAUAUAACGCAGUCAUGCUAGCGAAUGCUAAAUUACAAGAACCACCUUACCUGAGGAUAUAAGUAUGAAAUGCAAACCCUUACAGGAUAUACUUCAGCAGUGGACUAAAAGUGGAAAGCUUAUGAAACUGUGUAUGUGUCAACUGUUUAAUACCUUCACUGAUGGCACAGCUCGGCUACAAGCAACUGGCAACUGCUCAUCAACAUUCUGUAGCACUCAUGCUAACACUGCCAUGCUAGCCUCUCAUGUGCCAAAAAGGUCCCUCACCUCCAUUUCAUUUGUCCUCAGGAAUAUUAGUCUUAACCACACAAUUGUGAUGAUCAUAUACAUAGAAGCAACUAAAUCUAUAAAUGUAAAAUUGGUUAUUUAAAGGUUCAAAUCUACCUCUUAAAAGCAUUUUAGAUUUUUAAGUUAUAUAUUACAUAGCAGCGUAAAAUCAUGUUCUAACAAGGCAGAGUGUGGAAUAUAUAUAUAUGUAUAUACAACUGCAAUUUUCAUGUCUACAAUGAAAACGAAAAUGUGGUGACAACAAAUUCAUAACCAAUCAGAACAUGUUUUACGUUUAACAGACCAAUUAGAUUGCACUUUGGGUGGAGCUACCCAGUUCAACCAAGCGAUGGACAAAAUUUUCAUGUUGCUUGGUGCAGUAAUAUUUCGUUUUGACAAAAGCUCAGAUUAAUUUACACCUUGUCAAUCUGUAGUACCUAGGGGUUGAACGACUUUCGACAUUUAUGUGAUUAAAGUCGAUGUCGACUAGUCGAUGAUGGCGUCAUUAAUGAACAAAUGUGGGGCCGUUUACACAGAACGUGUUUUUCCAUUCCGAUGCGCUACUUUUCCUUUAUUUUUCUAUGUAAAUACAUGCUAGAUGGACGUGUAUAUGACCGUUGUGCUCGCGUUUUGCAUCUCGUGCAUGACACAGCGUUCUAAAAACGGGGUACUCAAGUUCAAAUCAGUUCAACUUUUAAAAAACGCGUCACAAGACCUUGCGUUUUUUUCCCUAUUCCAGUUGUCUUGUGCACAGCUAUGGCAUAUGACAGAACGACCCACAAGCCAAUUGCUCCUACAUAAGUUUAUUUUUAUCAGUUUUUUUGUCUUUGGGUCAUUAUAUUUCUCACGGAUUUCUGCUCGUAAAGUAGCACAGUAAAGAUUACAUGUGUAUGAAUGCAUUAGUGAGAGCGAUUGCAUGUGAAAUAAUUCUUCCUGGCAGCAUCUCUCUACUAAUACUAAAGCUGAGGGUUUUAGUUACAAAGAAAUAUAUGCUAGAACUUUUCAGUUUCUAAGCUAUUCUAUUGAUAAAAUCACAGAACAGUGUUGACAAUACAUUUCUGUGCUACUGAAUGAUUCUGUAUGCGCGCAAUCUAUAUGUGCGCAUGUAGCAGCGCAGUUUAGAAUGGUGAUUAACUUACCUGUACAAUAAGCUGUUUAAAAUGUGCAUUCUCCAGAUCGAUAUUGAGCAUUCAGAUGGUAUAAUCAAACAUGUCUCGUGGAGCGCUCUCGUAAAGGUAAACUUCAAAGAUUUUUAUCCUGUUGCAGCCUUUAUAGGACAUGAUCAGCGACUAGUCGACAUCAUGCUUAAAUGGCAGAGCGUUAAAGUCGACUAGUCGGUGCAACCCCUAGUAGUAUCGCGUCCGGUUGUGUAACCCAAUCUCUAAAUGUAAAACUGGACAUUUAAUGGUAUAAGCCUACCUGUCUUUUUUUAUUAUUUUUUUAUCACAGCAGAUUUGGAUCACGGCAGUGCAAAAACAGUCACAGACAACAACAUGCUAAGCUACUGACUGGCUAACUGGCUAACAAACAUUCAAGUAAACCACUGCUCAAAGUGCUAGUUCUCAUCGUGUGCUAGAAAAUCAGGAUGUUACAGGUAGCUGCGCCAAUCAAGUUAACUAGCAUGACUAGCGUGUUAGCCACUUUGUGUGUCUCUGCAAAGCAAAGGCCCCACCAAGUGCUUUUCUACUCCAUGGACAAGAUUAUAAUAAGAGCAGCGCUUGUUGUGUUUUGUUGUGAGGCAGUGUCCAGGUAACCAACGCCUUGUCUCUGUAAGUGUUUUGUCUUUCCUGGCCAAGGAUGUCCACUGCUUCGUUCUCUUCCUACAUUUCUACACCUCCACAAUUAUGUGUCUUUUGCCUCCCAUCCUCCUGCUUUUCCUCUCCCUCCUUUAUAUUUGAAAAGCUCAUGGACUCUCUCUGUCUUAGAAUUGUAAAAUAUGAUUUUGUAUUCAUUUGAGAGUUUUACACUACUUUAAAUUAUUAAUUUGCACAUUAGGUACCGAUGUAAAUAGCAGGAUAAAAAGAGACAAAAUAAGAUUAGUUUAUUGUUAA